AUGACAACCUAAAUGCUGUACGCCUUGGUUCUGCUGAUAAAAAGUCAAUCGAUAGGACAACGAUAAAGGUUCAUUCACAAUCCGGUGAUAAGAAGUAUCAUGGCACCAGGUCAACGUCAACGUCAACUGUUUUACUUGAAAAAAGAUCAGAAAAAGAAUAAUGGAAGAAAAUUUUCAAAGCCAGAAGACUCAUCUGAUAUUGGGCUCAUUUAUCCUGGUGGAGAUACUGCAUUUAAAUUACUUUUAUCAGCUAGAUUCUGUGCUGCUAUUUGGAGCCAUAUAACAGAUUGCGAUGAGACUUAUAAUUUUUGGGAGCCGAGCCACUAUUUACUAUAUGGAACUGGUCAACAAACAUGGGAAUACAGUCCUGAGUAUGCCUUGAGAUCGUAUACGUACUUGCUGAUACAUAUGGUACCAGCAAAAUUAUACUGUUAUUUAUUGGAACCAAAUCCUGUUCUUGUCUUCUAUUUUAUUCGAUUCCUAUUGUCCGUUGGAUGUGCUCUAUCAGAAGUAUAUUUUUAUAAGAACGUGUGUCGGGAAUUUGGUGUUCACAUAGCCAGGAUGACGUUGGCCUUCCUUAUUCUUAGCUCCGGCAUGUAUAUCUCAAGCGCUGCAUUUUUACCAUCAUCCUUUUCGAUGUACUUAAGUACAGUUGCGAUAGCAGCGUGGUAUGAUCGCAAAUAUGAGUUCGCAAUAUUUGCUACAGCUAUUUCAUCUCUGUUGGGUUGGCCGUUUGCAGCAUUAUUAGGAGUGCCAAUAGCGAUGGAGAUGUUAGUACGUCGUCAAGAGUGGAAGAAAUUUAUAAAAUGGGUUGUAAUAUCUGCUGUUGUAAUAUUAAUACCAAUGAUUUGGAUCGACUCAAUGUAUUAUGGCAAAUUUGUGCUAGCACCGAUGAACAUUAUAAUGUAUAACGUUUUUACUAAUCACGGACCAGAUAUUUAUGGCACGGAACCAUUCAGUUUUUACUUUCUUAAUGGGUUUUUGAACUUCAACUUCAUUUUCAUCGGAGCUUUAGUUGCUCCAUUUGGACUGUUUUUAGUCUGGACUGUCGUACCAGCACGACCCAGAAAUCGAAUGUGUUUGCCAUACUGGUAUUCAUUAGCGCCACUUUAUCUUUGGAUUUUAGUUUUUUUCCUUCAGUCGCACAAGGAAGAACGCUUCCUAUUUCCAAUAUAUCCAAUGAUCUGUCUGGCUGGAGCUAUAACUGUGGAUUUUUUGCAAAAAUUAUACUUUUUUAUUCGCACACAAAUAAGUCCAUUACCUAUUACCUGCCAUUAUUUGCAAUAUACCACUCAUAUUAUGCUGGCGGCUAUAAUAGUUUGCAGUCUGUUUGGAUUAUCAAGAUCUCUGGCCUUAUAUAAAGGAUAUUACGCACCAAUGGAGAUUAUGAUGGAGGCCAACAAACUUGGUUCGGAGGGUCAAGUUCCUACAGAUGUCAAUAUCAACUUUUGUGUUGGAAAGGAAUGGUACCGUUUUCCUAGUAGCUUCUUUUUCCCAUCAAAUAAUUGGAGACUCCAAUAUCUGCAAUCGGAAUUUAAAGGAGAAUUGCCACAAGCUUUUUCCAAACACGAAAAUGCAACUAGUAUAAUACAACCAAAUUUUAAUGAUAUGAACAAGGAAGAGCCAUCACGAUAUUUUGACGUAGAAAGAUGUCACUUUAUAUUAGAUCUGGAUCUGGGUACCGAAACGAUUUUGGAGCCGAACUACUCUCAUCAGCCAGAUCACUUUACAGUCAUCAAGUCCACUAAGUUUUUAGACUCAUCCAAGUCUCAUCCAUUUUUCAGAGCAUUCUACAUACCGUUUAUUUCAUACCGAUUCUGCACUUACGGUUCGUAUAAUUUAUUGCAAAGUACAAAGUUUAAACUGCUUCCUGUACUAUCGAAAGCAAAAACAGCGAGAGCAGCAUGAACGGUAAGAUAAUACAAUAUCUAGUCAAACAGGGUCUCGUUCAGGGCGAUUUUAUAUUUAUCUUUAAAGAAGAUCAACUACAGAAAGUCGUCUGUUAUGAAUAAUUACAUAACAUUGACAAUAUAACAAUACAAACUGUAGAUCUGUUACAACGCGAUAAGUAUUUCUAGAGGUACACAUUUUUGUUACUUUGAAUGACAAAUCCCAAGAAAUUGUCACGGAUAGUAAAUGAAUAUCCUUAAGUUCACAUUUUUUGUUCAGCCAAUCGAAAAAUGCUCAAACUAAUUUUUUUUCACAUAAAAGAAUAUAUUCCAAAUCAUGAAUUCCUGUAAAUAUUCUAUAAACUUGUACAUCAAAAAAUAGCAACUUACACAUUCGGAAUUUCGAGAAAGAAUAGCAUCUACAGAGAAACAUUAUGCAUUAACGAGCUUAAUUAACAAAGCUGUAUUGUGAGGCUGUUACCUUUAGACAAUAGAGACACGAAUGUUUGCCUUGAGCAACUUUUAAAUUGCUAAUGUUUUCAAUGCAUUAUAUACAAUAUUGUUUGAUAAUGAACAGUGGUUGUACACUCUUUAAUUUUUCAAAAUUAAGUACUCGAUUAAAAUAAAAUUCUGGCCGUAGCUAAUAAUUCCCAAACUAGGUUAUCAUCAAAUACUGGGACUAACUUGAAUUAGAAUGAAUUCUAUACGAAUGUUUCUGAUUAAUAGUAUCUUAUUUUUAUAACAAAGAAGAAGGUAAUGGGAACGAAUGCAUGUGUGGUUUAAAGUAGAGUCACAGAUAAGUAAAUAAUUGUAGAACAAUACGAAUAGAUAUUAAGCAAUGCAUUGUAUAAUUUUUAAAUUAUAGUAGAAAUGCGUUGUUUAGAAACGAUACAACUGCUCAAGGUUACAUGCAAUCAAUACGAACGUGCAAAGCAUUGUAUAAAGAUAAAAAGAUAUUGUUAAAUAGUGUAGGAACACAAUUAGAAUAAGAAGUAAUUUAUAGAAAAGUGUAAUUUUUGUUUAAGAUAUGUGAUGUGUGUAAUUGUAACUUAUGUAGGUCAUACAUAGUGAAUGUAAAAAAAAGCAAUCUUCACACUUUAAUAAUUCCAUUCAUGAUAACUGUACAAAGAAUUAUGUAAACUUAAUUGAAAAUUAUAAGUGUUAAUUCGAAGCAAUUUAUUCAAUUGUCAUUGAAUUUUUCAUACGUUUUUUUUUUAAUUAGUAAACGAUUGGAACGCUAGUAUACUAUUUGCGCGUACUUGAAUAUGUAAUAUUUUAAUAAAUGGUUAAAUAUGCAUUGUAA